UCCCCUGCGGGGUGCAGCCUUGGGCGGGUGGGACUCGGUAGUGCCCCUGGAGGGCUGUGGCCGCUUACCGUUCUAAGGCCGGGUCGGAGGAGCUUUGAGGAAGGUUUGAAGGAGCGGACUCGAAGGAAUAGGUUUCGGGACUUGGGGGAGAGCUGCACUGGGGGAUUUCCAGAGCGGAGACUGAUUUAGUUGAGGAGGAGUAGGGGUCCAGAGUCCGGGCGCCCGGAGCACGGUCUCGGAGUCCGGACCCGGCUUGGGGGUUUCGGAGCCAGGAUUGGGGGGAGCGGGCCCCACGUGCUCGUGACGCGGGGGCGGCCGGUAGGCGCGGCGGCGACGCGAGGCCGGCGGCCGUGCGGUGCCGGGAGGGCGGCUAGGCAGUCUGCAGGAUGCUGCGCGCGGCACUGCAGCUGCUCUGGCUGCCCCUGGCGGGGGCGGCCACAACCGAAGAGCCCACCCAGGAGCCGGGGUCGCCCGGCGAGCCUCCUCCAGGGCUGGCGCUCUUCCGCUGGCAGUGGCACGAGGUGGAGGCGCCCUACCUGGUAGCCCUGUGGAUCCUGGUGGCCAGCCUGGCCAAAAUAGUGUUUCACUUGUCUCGGAAGGUGACAUCACUGGUCCCUGAGAGCUGCCUGCUGAUUUUGCUGGGACUGGUGCUUGGAGGCAUUGUCUUGGCUGUGGCCAAGAAAGCUGAGUACCAGCUGGAGCCAGGCACAUUCUUCCUCUUCCUGCUGCCUCCUAUUGUGCUGGACUCAGGCUAUUUCAUGCCUAGCCGACUGUUCUUUGACAAUUUGGGUGCAAUCCUCACCUAUGCUGUGGUGGGCACACUCUGGAAUGCCUUCACAACAGGUGCUGCUCUCUGGGGCCUGCAGCAGGCUGGACUUGUGGCUCCUCGAGUGCAGGCCAGCUUGCUGGACUUUCUGCUAUUUGGGAGCCUCAUCUCAGCGGUGGACCCCGUGGCUGUGUUGGCUGUCUUUGAGGAGGUGCACGUCAACGACACUCUCUUUAUCAUCGUCUUUGGCGAGUCCCUGCUCAAUGAUGCUGUCACUGUGGUGCUGUACAAGGUCUGCAACUCCUUUGUGGAGAUGGGCUCUGCCAACGUGCAGGCCACUGACUACCUGAAAGGAGUCGCCUCCUUGUUUGUGGUCAGUCUGGGCGGGGCAGCCGUGGGCUUAGUCUUUGCCUUCCUCCUGGCUCUGACCACACGCUUCACCAAGCGGGUCCGCAUCAUCGAGCCGCUGCUGGUCUUCCUCCUCGCCUAUGCAGCCUACCUCACUGCUGAAAUGGCUUCACUCUCUGCUAUUCUUGCGGUGACUAUGUGUGGCCUAGGCUGUAAGAAGUACGUGGAGGCCAACAUCUCCCAUAAGUCACGCACAGCUGUCAAAUACACAAUGAAGACUCUAGCCAGCUGUGCUGAGACAGUCAUCUUCAUGCUGCUUGGCAUCUCGGCUGUGGACUCUUCUAAGUGGGCCUGGGAUUCUGGGCUGGUGCUGGGCACCCUCUUCUUCAUCCUGUUCUUCCGAGCCCUCGGCGUAGUCCUGCAGACGUGGGUGCUGAAUCAGUUCCGGCUGGUCCCUCUGGACAAGAUUGACCAGGUGGUGAUGUCCUAUGGGGGCCUGCGUGGGGCUGUGGCCUUCGCUCUCGUCAUCCUACUGGACAGGACCAAGGUCCCUGCCAAGGACUACUUUGUGGCCACCACUAUUGUGGUGGUUUUCUUCACAGUCAUUGUGCAGGGCUUAACCAUCAAGCCACUGGUCAAGUGGCUGAAGGUGAAGAGGAGUGAGCAUCACAAACCCACCCUGAACCAGGAGCUGCAUGAGCACACUUUUGACCACAUUCUGGCUGCAGUGGAGGACGUUGUGGGGCACCAUGGCUAUCACUACUGGAGGGACAGGUGGGAGCAGUUUGACAAGAAGUACCUGAGUCAGCUGCUGAUGCGGCGGUCAGCCUACCGCAUCCGGGACCAGAUCUGGGAUGUGUACUAUCGACUAAACAUCCGGGAUGCCAUCAGCUUCGUGGACCAGGGAGGCCAUGUCUUGUCUUCCACAGGUCUCGCUCUGCCCUCUAUGCCCAGCCGCAAUUCUAUGGCAGAGACAUCUGUCACCAACCUGCUGAGGGAGAGUGGCAGUGGAGCGUGUCUGGAUCUGCAGGUGAUUGACACGGUGCGCAGCGGCCGGGACCGUGAGGAUGCUGUGAUGCACCAUCUGCUCUGUGGGGGCCUCUACAAGCCACGCCGCAGGUACAAAGCCAGCUGCAGCCGCCACUUCAUCUCAGAGGAUGCGCAGGAACGGCAGGACAAGGAGGUCUUCCAGCAGAACAUGAAACGGCGGCUGGAGUCCUUUAAGUCCACCAAGCACAACAUCUGCUUCACGAAGAGCAAGCCACGACCUCGCAAGACCAGUCGCAAGAAGAAGGAUGGUUUGGCUAACACUGAGGCCACAAAUGGGAAACCUCCUCGAGACCUGGCCAUUCAGGACACAGCUACUGUGAUCUUAACUGUGGAGUCUGAGGAGGAAGAAGAGAGUGACAGUUCAGAGACAGAGAAGGAGGACGACGAGGGGAUCAUCUUUGUGGCUCGGGCCACCAGUGAAGUUCUCCAAGAGGGCAAGGUCUCAGGGAGCCUUGAGGUGUGUCCAAGCCCACGAAUCAUCCCCCCCUCCCCAACCUGUGCAGAGAAGGAGCUACCCUGGAAGAGUGGGCAGGGAGAUCUGGCAGUCUAUGUGUCCUCGGAAACCACCAAGAUUGUGCCCGUGGACAUGCAGACGGGCUGGAACCAAAGCAUGUCAUCCCUGGAGAGCUUGGCAUCCCCACCCUGUACCCAAGCCCCAACUAUGACCCGCUUGCCUCCUUACCCACUGGCCACUGAAGAGCCCCAGCACCCUUUCAACCUGCCAUACGAUCCACGCCCUAGCUUUGCCUUUCCCCCAAGCCUGGCCAAAGCCGGCCGCUCUCGCAGUGAGAGCAGUGCUGACAUCCCCCAGCAGCAGGAGCUACAGCCCCUCAUGGAAUACGAAGACCGCACCCAUCUCAGUCCAGGCACAGCCAACUCUCACUGGUGUAUCCAAUUCAACAAAGGUAGCCGGCUGUAGCCUGAGACUCAAGGAGAAGUAGGCUGCUGGAUCCCCCAUGGGAAGUCUUCCCUGGGCAAAGGGCAGAGGAGCCCACUUAGCCUGACAGGGGGCCAGAGGAGCCUGAACUAGCAAUUGGGCUUCCUUGUAGCAGGUCAGAAGGGUAUUGGGCUGGUCCUCACAGGGAUCCUUUCACUACUCUCCCUGCUCCAAAUUCCUGCCAUCUUCCCUUUCAGUAAGGCCUUUACCCUGGCUCAAGACCCAGUCUAGAGCUUCUAGGGGCUAGGCCCACCCACUUGGGAAGCUGAUGUUUUUUUGCCAAUGGGUCUCCCUGGGGUCACUCUAGGCAGCUGUUCCUGCCCCUAAGGGAAGGGCAUCAUUCCACAGCUCAUGCUGGCCUUUCCUGCCCUUUACUCACUCAAGCACCAGUUCAAGGACAGCGCCCUGGCAAUGAGGCUCCUUGAGGGGCUGGUUCUCAGAGGCACUGGGGUGGGAGGUGGAGCAGGUCUCAACCUUAGGCUUUGUUACCUGCUGGGUCAGCCACCUAUAGCCAAUUUUUGAGGGCCAGUGGGAAUUUGUGCCCAAUUUUUGCUUUCUGUUCUUCCCUUUGCUGACAGUUAUUGGGGCCAUAGUUCUUUCUUUACAGGAUCAUGGCCACAGGACUGGUCCCGGCUUCAGAUCAGGGAUAUUUCUUGGCAGAGGUCACUCUGAAGAUCUGCCGCUCUGCAUCUAAGUCUGGAUCUUUCAGAUCCCUAGGUCUAGAUUUUCUGAGGAGGGGAGAUAGUGGCCUCUGAGACACUACCACCUUGACCUUGCCCAAAUAGGAAAGAAGCCAGGUAUUCCAGGGCCACCACUCCACUGCUCUGGGGGCUGGGAUGCCUGGCUGCAGUCACAAGGGCGCUGACUGGGUGGCAGGUAACUUUCCUGGGGUUAGUAACUGCCUUGUGUCUUGUAUCUUGAACCUAAGACACAUUAAAUAUCUCUUGAAUGGA